CACUCGUGACCACCGCAGCCAUAUUGAAGCAUAUGCACAACAACGGAUGUUUCCCUUGACGAUUUUUAUUUGGAUUUUAUAUAAUUUUCCUGUGAAAUCAGUAACAGGCUAGUCAGCUAUUUGUCAAACGCCACACACGGGGCACAGCAUCCCUGUCCGACAAUCGAAAGUUUGGAACCGGACGGUUAAAAUUGUUUCGGUGAGCCUACUAUGGCUUCUCGGAAGAAGGUACUUCUUAAAGUGAUUAUUUUGGGGGACUCGGGGGUGGGAAAAACCUCCCUGAUGAACCAGUAUGUCAAUAAGAAGUUCAGCAACCAGUACAAAGCCACGAUUGGAGCGGACUUUCUCACUAAGGAGGUUAUGGUGGACGACCGGCUGGUCACCAUGCAGAUCUGGGAUACAGCAGGUCAGGAGCGGUUCCAGUCGCUGGGCGUGGCGUUCUACCGCGGGGCAGACUGCUGUGUUCUGGUGUAUGACGUGACCGCUCCCAACACCUUCAAGACCCUGGACAGCUGGAGGGAUGAGUUCUUGAUCCAGGCCAGCCCCCGUGAUCCUGACAACUUCCCAUUUGUGGUGCUAGGCAACAAGAUCGACCUGGAGAACAGGCAGGUGACGGCAAAGCGAGCACAGGCUUGGUGUCAGAGUAAGAAUAAUAUUCCCUACUUUGAGACCAGCGCCAAGGAAGCUAUCAAUGUAGACCAAGCCUUCCAAACCAUCGCCCGCAAUGCUCUCAAGCAGGAGUCGGAGGUGGAGUCUUACGAUUUCCCUGAUCAGAUCAAACUGAGAGACGACAAGCCAGCCUCCACCAACGACAGCUGCGGCUGCUGAGAACGAGGGAAGCAGGGAGAGACGGAAAAGGGAGAGACAGGGAGAGUAUGAUGAUGGCAUGGGAAAGAGAGCGUGCAGGGGGUGGAGGGAGGAGAGGAAGAGGAGUGAGUUUGGAUACAGGUGCAGUUUGGCACAGCUCUGCUUUACCUUUUGUUUUGUUUUUUUUUUUAUUGUAAAUUGCAAGUGAAAAAUUACGUUCCCCUAUUUUUACUCCCCCAAAGAGAAGAACCGAGUCAAAGCAGAAGGCAGCAGACAGCCUCCUCCUGCAGUGGCAACAUUUUUAAACUUCUCCAGAACUGCUUCAGAAACUACCGAUAAACCUGUGUGUUCCCUCAUAAUGUUAGCCCUUGUUUUCGCCGGUCACAUUGCCCUUUAUUAUUAGUUUAUAUUUGUGUGGUACAUGCAGAUUAUGUCCUGGUUCCACACGGAGCAGGUCUGCCUUCUGUCUUCCCCUUUUCCCUUUUUUGUGCCAUAUGCGUCGCUGUCACAGCCAGCCCUGUUGCCAAAGUGCUCUGUGCUCUAGUACUACAGUUUUGGCCUCCGUCCGGACCAACCCUGCUGCACCACCCUGUGCUGCCCUAGUGCCCUGUGCUCUAGUAAUACAGUUUGAGCCCUCUGCCCCCAAACUAAAUACGCGUUCGUUGAGAUUACCAGAGAGCUGGGUGGUGGAACAGAUAGAUGGAGGAAUCGCAUUUUUCAGCUGCUAAACGGAGGCGAACAUUUUGAGCAUCUUUGAGCUGUCUGAUUGUUGGGAUAAAGCUGCUUGUACAGAGAGCUGGAACAGAGUGCAGGCCUAGGCCCCCGUGCAGUAGAGCAGGUGUUAUACAUACAGCCCUCUUCAGCCUGCUUCUGCUUCCAACAUGUGGACCAUAUACUCUGUAAAUGAAAGGGGCAGCCUGUAGCCUAGCAGCUAGAGGUACAUGACAGACCCGGAAGGUUGGUGGUUCAAGCCCCGAUGUAGCCACUAUAAGAUCUGCACAGCUGAUGGGCCCUUGAGCAAGGCGCUUAAACCCAGGGGGGAUUGGCCCCACAGUAAGCAGAGGAUAACCACAUCGUUCUGCUUUCACCUCAUCCAAUCUGGAACUUGGGAGACCAAAUUCAGUUCUGAUGUUUCAUAGAGGACUGAAAUGACUGCACACAGGGCUCUCUCCCCAAGGCUCUCUGUCCCCUGCCGUUCUGUCUGUUGGCUGUCCAUCAGGCUAUGCAGGGGAUCUUGUGUACACCAAAACACCAAAAUGUUGCGAGAGACUCUUAGAGAGGGCUGGCAGAGAAAGUGAGAGAGAGGGCGUGAGAGAGUGGGCAAGCAGGCAGGCUUGACUGCAUUACUGAGAUGCACACAAACAUCCAUUCUAUCGUUUGCUGAAUCUUUUCAGUCUUCGUUUUGCCUUUGUAUACUACCAUUAUUAGUUACUGUAUAAAUAUGUAUAUUUAAAUAUAAAUAUCACAAUUUAGAAUUUGAUAUAAACCAAAUAAAUACCAAUAAUCAACUCUUAAAAGUAAAUUUAAAAAGUUAGAACAUAAGUAGAACAUUUUGUCUGAAUGAUCAUAUUUGUUGUAUUAAUAUAUUAUAUUAAUAUAAUUUCCUUGACAAGAUCAAAUGAAAUAAAAGCUACAUAUAUGACUGA